GCUCCGCCACGCCCUGAGGCUGGUAAAGCCGGCUUCCCGCCCGUGCGGCUUGGGAGUCUCGUGACCCUUGACCCCUGACCUCAGGGUCUCAAUGAUCCUGGAGAUCUAGCUUUUUUUCUCGAGCGUGAUGCCCUCUCAGCCCCCAGGGGAGCUGGCCCGGCCGGGAGCUGACCCCGCUGGGCCGGCGGAGGGGUGGGUGGCGCGGUUGGGGGCCCGGCUGGAGCCCCCCGUCCUGCUCCUGUUGCAGCUGCUGCAGUCUGGGCCCGGCGGGGUGUUGGGGGCGCUCAGGGCCCUGCGGAGGCUCCGGGCUGGGGGCUCCGAGCGGCCCUUCUGCUGGGGCCUGUUCCUGGAGGCGCUGAGCCGAGAGGAGCCCGUGCUCGAGGGGCCCGACCGCCGCCUGGAGCUGAAGCCACUGUUGCUACAGUUGCCCCAGCUGUGCCAACGGAACCUUUUGUCCUUGCUGUUAGCUGUACGUACUGAGCUUCCUAAAAGUGGACUCCUCCUUGUACUCCAGACAGCCAAACAGGACCCUAACCUGGAUGCCUGGCUUCGGGCCCUGGGGAUAUUGCUUCAGAGGGAACUGACUACAGAUGAGGUCAUCAAGGAGGCCUCCCCACUGACAGAAGGGUGCCAGGAACGGCUCCAAAGCCUUUGUGGACGUGUAGGCAGAGGAUUGAGGCCAAGCUAUCCUUUGGACCUAAGGGAGACUGAGUACAUGGGCACUCAGCGUCCUGGCAAACGGAGGAAGGAGCCUGAAGCCGAGCCUGAGGGUUCUGAGAGAGAAGUGCUCCCUAAGCGACUGCGAUCCCUGGAAGGGAAAAGAGAGAAAGAAGGGGAGCAGCAGCAGCAGCAGCAGGUGCAGGAGAGGGUCGCAGAGGAACAGGAAUCCCCUGUGUGUGGAGGCAGAACAUCACCCCGAAGAACUGAGGGCAGCAGUGACCAGCCUGUUCUGGAAGCAGCAAGCAGCCGUGCUAAUGACAGACAGCAGGAGAAGCUGGUUGAGGUUCUGGAGUUACCUAAAGCCAUCCAGGACAAGGUGCCCCAAAUACUAGAGCUGCUGGAAACUGAAUGGGAGGGCCUAGAGGGAACCCCACCCCUUGAGUUGCAGUUCCUCCAUGAGUGCAGCCCCAGCCAGCUGGAGAACCUUUGCUCACGGCUGCAGCUCUCUGGGCUCUCGGACACAGCCCUCCUGCAGUUCUGUCACCGGCUCCUGGCGCUCUCCCCGGACCUCAGCUGUAGCAGCGCUACCAUCCUUACUAGGAACCUUUUUCUUGAACAGGUUCUUUCCCUGACAACUUCAGCCUCUCGUCUGCUCAGAGCUGCCAUAACUGCAUUCUGUGCCAAGUAUCCUCACCCAGUCUGCAGAGGUCUCCUCAUUCCAGUGUUACAGGCCACAGGCACAGGCCCCACACAGACAGAGCUUCUUUGUUGCCUGCUGCAGGGGGACACUCUGGAGUCAGACUUGCUGGUGCAACUGCUAAAACAAAUCUUGGAGUUGCCCUGGAGAGAGGAGACCUUCACAGUGAUGCAGUCCAUUCUAGGGCGGCAGGUGGACCUGUCCCCAGAGAACUUCAGUGUCUUAGUGCAGAGGUUGUCUCGUGAAGGCUUGGCUGCUGCUGACUCUGUGGGCUAUGCCAAACUGGUCCUGACAGUGGUAACAAAGUACCAAGAUCAGAUCGUAGAGGCCCACAAAAUCUGCCUUGCUUCUGCCAUUGAGUUCAGCACCACCUUCCUGAAAAAGCCUCUGCAGGCUGCCCUAAGACGUUCGACCUCUUGAGCAGCCUCCCCCACCAUCUUCCUGAAGAACAUCUACCUCAGCCUUAGCCUGCCUUCGCUGCCCACUCUCCAGCAACCAGAGAGCUGCCUUUUGACUGCUCACCCCCGUGGCUACUCCAGAAUGUUGUGAGGUCAGCUCGGAUCAUCUUCUCCUGUGGCACAAAUGAUGGGUCCGGGAGGAUGGAGAAGGAAGAAAUGGAAACUAAAGAUAGAGACUAACUUUGUGUAUGUGUGUGGAGGGGUGUUCUUACUGACUCACGGAAGUUAGAGUUGUUUCAGUACCCCGAGAUGUCUGCUACUGUAGAGUUCCCCAGUUGUUACUUGUGUCUUGGGGGAAGGAGUCCCAAAGAGAAGCUCAGGGUUGUUGUGUUUUUUUAAAUCUUACUUAAUUUUUAAACAUCGCCUACAUUUCCCCAUAUAUGCUUCCUUCCUACUCCUCCCUGAUAGCCAUCCCUUUUUUUUUUUUUCCUACGGGGCAAUGGGGGUUAAGUGACUUGCCCAGGGUCACACAGCUAGUAAGUGUCAAGUGUCUGAGGCCGGAUUUGAACUCAGGUACUCCUGAAUCCAGGGCCGGUGCUUUAUCCACUGCGCCACCUAGCCGCCCCAUAGCCAUCCCUUUUAACACAGAAUGACAAAGAGGAAAAAAACCUAGUUCAGCAAAACCGUCCAAGACACCUAGUCCAACAUUACCUGUGGUUUUCCAUACCCCUAUUUCUGCAAAGAAGGGAGGGAAAUUCAUUUCUCAUCUCUAAUUUAGAGGCAAGCUUGGUCCUUUUAAUUUUACUCAGUUUCUGUUGUUUUGUUGUUUUUGUUUCCAUUUAAAUUGUUGUAGCCAUUGUUGUGUUUCCUUGGUCCUGCUUAACUUUGUAUCAGUUAAUAUAGCUUUUUGCAUCCUUCUCUGUAUUCAUCACAUUCCAUCACCUUCAUGAAUCACAACUUGUUUAGCUGUUCAUCAGUGGGCACCUAAUUUGUAUCAAGUUAUAUGCUACUAUAAAAAGUGAUAUAAAUAUAAUGAAUUUGGUGUAUAUGAGGCCUUUCUUUUUAUCAAUGACUUCCUUUUUUUUUAGCAACAAACAUUUA